AUGGAGCGACUGCCCACAGAGAUAUUGGGCCAUAUCAUAUCCUAUCUUGAGUCUCACAAAACAACACUAGCCGCUCUGCGUCUAGUCGUGCGUUUGAAGCGGGAUGAUGAAAAUUCCAUGGGUAACCUCAAGAUUUAUGGUGACAUGUGGCUUGAAUUUGGAUUCUUUCGACGCGACUAUAAACCGGGUUGCCACGUACUUGGCGAAAUACAACGCAAGACGAACUCGCACAGGCUUGCCGCAGGGCUAGAACCACGGCCAAAGAAAAGGUUUCAAGCACUUGAUCUCCAGCCUUUACAAUCUGUCAUAACCGGGACACGAUACAAAGAGCUGAACUCACAAACUUGGGAUGCCGAGAAGGAUGACGAGUGUCAUUAUUAUUCUAAUAGCUAUUUGACCGACUGA